AUGUCUUUUAGCUCUCCUGUUGCAAUCCUUGCGACGCACACAGUGCAAGGUGCAGAUACAAGCAACACCACGAAGCUUGCAAGCAGUUUUCCACUUGGGCCCUUUGAUCACUUGUUGCCACCCUCUGCUGUAAUUGCAGUCGUCUUUGUAUGGAGGCGACCCCUUGACAGCAAUGCCGCUACAUCUGACCCGAUCAUUUCGUUUGACCUUCUGCAAAUGGCCCUUUCUCGGUUGCUGGACUUUUAUCCACACCUAACGGGUCGUGUGCAUAUCAAUGAUGAGGAUGGGAGCCCUGAAAUCAAUCAAUUGGGCGAGGGUGUAGAAUUAAGUGAAGCGCUCUGCGAAACAUCAUUGCCCUCAAAAGCCACGCAAUUAUCCCGCGGGGGCUUUCCAGACCAGGGGAACCUACUUCUUCCACAAAGGAAUGGCUCGCACGAGGACUUCUCUCGGCAGCCAAUUUUGAGUAUUCAAUAUACACGCUUUGGGUGUGGAUCUAUCUCGCUCGGUGUGUGUAUAAGCCACAGCGUCUGCGAUGCUCAUGGGUUUGUCCAGUUGAUGGAAGAUCUUUCAGAAAUAUACCGUGGAUUCCGAACAUCAGGACAAACAAACACCUCGCCAAAGAGCGUACAGCCAAGCCAAAUGCCUUGUAUCACCUCCCACCUAUCCAAUGUUUCUUUAAGCUUGCGGGAAUCCAAAAAAGCAUUGAGCGUCAAGCCUGUUGAUUAUCAGGUUCAAAAACUCCCAGCAGUGAUGAGCUUUACGUCAAACAAGCCUGUCACUGGAAAGGUGCUAUAUUUUGGCCCAGCUGAACUGAAUGCCUUGAAACAUGCCGCAAGUCCUUCCCCACAAGAUCAUUGGGUCUCAACUUUCGAAGCAAUCUCAGCACACCUCUGGUUGAGUGUCCAGCGAGCAAGACUUCGCUAUCGAGGCUUAGGCAAUACCGCGUUUGACAACAGUGGAGAGACCGCGGACCUUCUUACAUCACUUGAUUGGAGAGAGUCGACACGCCUCAAGCUUCCACCGAGAUACUUCCCGAACGCUGUAUCCGAGCCUUUUAUCACUUUGCCUCUAAAAGAUCUUUCUCACCAGGCGUUGCCAAAAACUGCGCGCAUGAUACAUGAGGUUUUGCGCGCAAGAACACCCAAGGAUCAGACGGAAACUUUAUCAUGGGUGAUGGCACAGCCCAAAAAGAAUCACAUAAAUUUGCGGUGUCGAUUCAACGAGAGAAGCUUUAUUAUCAGUCAAUGGAACAAGCUUCAUUUCUAUGCGGUCCAUUUUGAGACGGACAAUCAGGGAAAACCUGUACUUCCAGAGCGGGUAUGGCCCCCGUUCACGGAGACCUCGUUAGUCGAUGGGCUUGCCUACUUUCUACCAACGGGCAGCGAAGUAGGUGGUGAUACCGACAGGCUUGGAAUAGAUAUCGCGUUAUCUCUCCACGAGCCGAUUUGGGACAUUCUUGAACAAGAUGUCUGUUUUAGAAAAUUUCGCAGAUAA